AGAAACAUGGCUGACAGCAAGAAAUUGUAAACAAACCGACAGUUUCGAUAGGGCAAAUCUUACUGCCCUGCACAGAAACGCAAUGUUUCAGUCAGUGCAACUUCGGUCUUAUGGUUUCGGAGAGAAAUCCAAACUAUAUAAUGCUGCCAAAGGAAAUAAGGAGUUUGUCCAGCGACUGAAGUUGGAACGGAAGCUUGAGGCACAUACUGGAUGUGUGAACACAAUUUGCUGGAAUAAUACUGGCCAUACAAUUCUGUCGGGAUCUGACGACCAACAUCUUGUUAUCACAGAUCCAUUCAACAAAAAGAAAGUUCUGUCCAUCCGCUCCGGUCAUCGAGCCAACAUUUUCAGUGCUAAGUUCCUGCCGGCUUCUGGAGACAAACAGAUUGUGAGCUGUUCUGGUGACGGGAAGAUCUACCACACGGAGGUUGACCGGGCAGAUUCCUACACCAAUAAUCUCUUUGACUGUCACUUUGGCACUACAUAUGAGGUAUUGGUAGUGCCCAAUGAGUCAUCCUUGUUCCUGUCUUGUGGGGAGGAUGGCACGGUUCGCUGGUUUGACCUCCGCGCCAAGUCUAGCUGCACAAAGGAAGAUUGUAAAGAGGAUGUGCUGAUAAACUGUCACAGAGCAGUUACCUCCCUUGCGGUGAACCCCUUCAUUCCGUAUCACCUGGCCAUUGCAUGUUCUGAUAGCUCUGUGCGCAUCUUUGAUAGACGGAUGUUGGGGACACGAGCUACAGGUAACUAUGCUGGACGUAGCAUUACAGGGAUGAUGUGUCGCUUCACUGCGCCUUCGCUAUCUGGACGGUCUUACAGAAUAACCUCCCUUAACUACAGCCCCGAUGGGGAAGAUGUUCUUGUUAGUUACUCCUCUGAGUACAUCUACCUGUUCGGUCAUAAGGAAAACAAGUACAAGUGUCUAGGGAAAAGCCUUCCACCCGAAUCUAAGUCUUCUAACCCCCGACACAAAAAUGUGACAGAUGACAGCUUCAAGCCAGUAAAACAGUCAUCAGAGGUGUCGGACUAUAAACAAUCCAGUUCUUCCACAACCUCCCAUACAGUGAGUGGUGGAGGCACAGACCAGGAUGAUAAAGGAAAGAAGCAAGGGGACUCUGACAGGGGAGAAACAGGCACGAAGGGUGGGGGCUCUGACAGGGGAGAAACAGGAACGAAGGGUGGGGGCUCUGACAGGGGCGAAACAGGAACGAAGGGUGGGGGCUCUGACAGGGGAGAAACAGGAACGAAGGGUGGGGGCUCUGACAGGGGAGAAACAGGAACGAAGGGUGGGGGCUCUGACAGGGGAGAAACAGGAACGAAGGGUGGGGGCUCUGACAGGGGAGAAACAGGAACGAAGGGUGGGGGCUCUGACAGGGGAGAAACAGGAACGAAGGGUGGGGGCUCUGACAGGGGAGAAACAGGAACGAAGGGUGGGGGCUCUGACAGGGGAGAAACAGGAACGAAGGGUGGGGGCUCUGACAGGGGAGAAACAGGAACGAAGGGUGGGGGCUCUGACAGGGGCGAAACAGGAACGAAGGGUGGGGGCUCUGACAGGGGCGAAACAGGAACGAAGGGUGGGGGCUCUGACAGGGGAGAAACAGGAACGAAGGGUGGGGGCUCUGACAGGGGAGAAACAGGAACGAAGGGUGGGGGCUCUGACAGGGGAGAAACAGGAACGAAGGGUGGGGGCUCUGACAGGGGAGAAACAGGAACGAAGGGUGGGGGCUCUGACAGGGGAGAAACAGGAACGAAGGGUGGGGGCUCUGACAGGGGAGAAACAGGAACGAAGGGUGGGGGCUCUGACAGGGGUGAAACAGAAAUGAAGGGUGGGGGCUCUGACCAGGGGGAGAGAGGAAAGAAGGGUGUAGGCACUGACCAGGGGGAGAGAGGAAAGAAGGGUGUGGGCACUGACCAGGGAAAUACAGGAAAGAAGAGUGUGGAAGAGGGAGUAGUAAAGGAAGGGACAGGCAGCAAGGGCAAGGGUGGACCAAAGGGCGGGCCAAAGGGAGGGGUUAAGGGCAGGGCAGAUGAUGGUGGGAAAGACAUGUUGAAGGAAAGAGAAAGAGGUGUGACAGAAGGGCUGGUGACUGUAAAAGGAGGGAAAGGUACAGAGGAUAAAGGGGUGACAGGGGAAGAGUUGAAAGAGGUUACAGGGAAAGACCCGGUUGUUAGAGAACCAGAUAGAUUGACAGAGCAAAGAGAAUCGAAAGGAGACACCCGACCAGAGGAGGGGACAGGAGUAGAGGGAGGGGCACAAUUGGGGAGUGAGAAAGGAUUAGGCACAGAAAGAGUGGUACAAUUGGGGAGUGAGGCAGGAUUAGGUGCAGAAGGAGGGGCACAAUUAGGGAGUGAGGCAGGAAUGGAGGUUGGGUCAGGGUUAGAAUUAAGCAGAGGAGCAGGAUUAGAAGGAGGGAGUAGGGGGGUAGAUGCUGCCAGAGCUAUGGGUGGUGCCCUGCCUGGAGCUGUGUGUGGGACAUUGGGUGGAGUUAUAGCUGGAGACAUGGGUGGAGCUAGCACCUCAUCAGCUACAGAGGCAUUAGAGGAGUCUGCUGUAGGACACCCACCUAUAAAACGUUUACGUCUGCGUGGUGAUUGGUCAGACACAGGCCCUAACGCACGUCCAGAGAGUGAGCGGCAGGCCCAGGGGACAGCUGAGCAGAGGAGAAGUCCACACACCUCCAUCAUGCAGCGUAUGUCAGACAUGCUCACUCGCUGGUUGGACGGAAACUUGCGAAGGACAGAAGGUGAAGGUGAAGGUUCAGAAGAGCAGGUUCAAGAGUCGGUGGUUAGAACUGAAGGAUCAGAGGUGAUCACUGAGGAAUCAGAACAGGCUACUCGGGAGGGAGGUGGAGGAGUGGAAGACUUGCCCCAGGGUGGAGUUACUGAAGACCCAACCUCCUCUGGGGAGGGGACAGAAAGGGCAGUUAUUGGUGGUGCAUCAGAAAGCUGUGGAGGUAUAAUGGAGGGUGUGGAUGAUCAUGGGAGGCCUGGUAUCACGAAGACUGUGUCUCGGCUAUCAGAUAGUGAGGGACUGUCUCAACAGACAGAAUCAUCAGUGGAAGGUUCUAAGGGAGUCCCCAGAGUAACACCUCAAUGUACUGAUAAACAAGUGAAAGACAAUGUUACAAGUAACAACCAGAAAUGUGAAGGGUCAACAAGUGCAAUAUCUGGUGUUGUAGAAGGACCCACAGCUAGUGCAUCCAGUCAGGGGUUGGCUGAGGACUCAGUUCAGUCUACCUCGGAGAGACCAGGGUCAUCGUUAGGCCAACAGCCUGCAGUUAUUGUUGGCGACCAUGGUAACCAGGAUGCACCACUGUCCCCUGGACAGAUGGAGCCUGUCAUCAGCCUCCAUUACUCAUCCGAGGGAACCACCAGUAGUACCAUCAGAUUGGGCUUUGCAAAAUUUGAAAACUUGGAAGCUGGUUUGCUACAGAGAAGUGCUGAAAAUGCUUCCUUGGCUCCUCUUGUUAGAGACACCAGUCAGUUUGAACGAGACGAUGGUCACCCGCGUCUGUUAUCCCAGAUGGCUAAUACUGGGGACUUAGACAGUUCUCAGGAACAGAGUGAUUCAGCCAGUGCCCAAGGGCAGAACAAUUGUGUGAGUCCCCUUGGUGGUAGUGAAAUAUCUAGUCCCCCAGGUCCUUCCAGUUCUGUGAGUCCCUUUGGUCAGAAUGAUUUGACAAAACUUCAGGGUCCUUGGGAUUCAGGCAGUCCCAAUGGUCCCAGUGAUUCAGCCAGCCCCAAAGGACACAGUGAUUUGGCCAGUUUCCAGGGACACAGUGAUUCGGCCAGUCCCCAGGGGCACAGUGGUUCAGCUAGUCCCCAUGGACACAGUAUUUCGGCUAAUCCCCUGGAACACAGUGAAUUGGUUAGUCCCCAGGGACACUGUGAUUCAGCUAGUCCCAAGGGACACAGUGAUUCGGCUAGUCCCCAGGGACACAGUGAUUCUAGCCUAGUUUUAGACAGUCCGGUUUGUGUUAGUGGGGACUUGAACAGUACAAGUGAAAGUGAGGGUAAAACAGGACAGGAAGGUGGACAGGAACAUCUGAUGGAAACAGAUGACUACAUCACUGAUCCCUCGUCCAAAGGGGCCAGCUCUAGUGCCCAGCCAGAGUCUAUGCCCUCCUUUACAUCUAGUGUAGGUCAAAUUAAUACAGAACCUAGUCAUUUAUACAAUGAAGUUUGUGAGGAGGAGGCGAGUGACAGCCAGGGAUGGGAUGUGUCCUCCAAGGUAGGGCCGUCUUUCCUAAGGGUGGGGACAGACGAAAAGGAGUUGGGGAAUUUAGGGGAUAAAGAUAAGAAAAAGAAGGGGAAAAAAGAUUUGAAUUCGAAGGAGGUAAAAAGAGUUUCGAAGUCACCUGUGUCGUCAAAAGGGAAGAUAUCCUCCAGUCCAAACGAGACAGGACAACCUCAGGAAGUCACAACUAAACAGGAAUCCUCUUUAUCAGAGGAUCAAACACCUGAGAUGAAAAGGUCACAGCAGUCAACCUCACAGGAAUCUGUGUCACAGGAAGUGGAAGAGGGUAGUGUGGCGCAGGCAGCGAAAGGAGGGGCCUCCACUGAUCUGGAAACCGAGAGACAAGCAGAAGCUGCCACUCCGAGCACCCCCAGAGAGGCCGCACCAGCCAACCGUCGGCGACGGAUAGGCCACAGUGGACCUCCCACAGGGAACUUCCAGUUGUCGACGGAUGAGGAGAGCAGUGAUGAUGACACAACUACACCUCGCAGGAGGAGAGAGAACAGGGAUACACUUGAGCGUCACAUCACAGCUAUCAGACUCCAGGAGCUGUACCGCAAGCGUCAGGAGGAACGGGAGAAGGAGGAGAUGGAACUAAGAAAUAUACACCAGCCAUCCUUUACUACAAAGUUUCGGGGACACAGAAAUGCCCGCACGAUGAUAAAAGAAGCUAACUUCUGGGGAAGCCAAUUUGUAAUGAGUGGAUCUGACUGUGGCCACAUUUUUAUCUGGGAUCGCUACACGUCCAAGCUGGUCAUGUUACUGGAAGGUGACCGCCAUGUGGUCAACUGUCUGCAGCCUCAUCCCUUUGACCCAAUCCUUGCCACCAGUGGGAUUGACUAUGAUGUCAAGAUUUGGUCUCCAAUGGAAGAAAAGAGCUGCUUUGACGAGGAGAAAGCUAAUGAGAUCAUGAGAAGGAAUGAGGUAAUGCUAGAGGAGACCCGAGAUACCAUUACAGUGCCGGCCGCCUUCAUGUUACGUGUGCUGGCCUCACUCAAUCAGAUUCGUUCAGGACGCACGGCCAGUGCUGAGAACCCAGCAGAGCAGGAUUCCUCAUCUGACACAGACUGAGCUAUUUAUAGCUGAGAUAAAAUGGAGGUGUAUUAUACAAUAAACCAAGACAUGGCCAUUCCCCAAGACCCUGGAGGUUUUAUCAUAUUUAUUGUCAACUGUUUUAAUAAGUUAAUAUAUUAACCAUGAAAUCCACAACAUCCAGCCAACUUACAAAGUUUCAAAUGUUUGAGUAGUGUACAACAUGUGUUACCAGAAGUGUCUGGUGAAGCGAGGAUUGAUGUGAGUCUGUGCUCUAGUUGACAGGACAGAUUGCUGGUUGAGGAUAUACAAGGAUGCUCUGUUGCCAUUACUCUGGAUUAUGUUUUAUCGAGAUUUUGUGUUUUUGAUAAAGAAUUGAGCAACAUUAGUGAUCACAUACUCUCAAGUACCUAGAGUGAGGCCCAUGUUCUCCUGGAUAACUCUGUAUUUUGAUAAAUUUGUCGUUUGAAGCUGAGACAUUUCUGACCAUCAUAAUGCUGUAUCAAGAUACACCUGGAGUCAUUCCAAAUCUAUUUAGGAAGUCAAGACUUUUCUUACUGCAAGGACCUUGUGGCACUCUUGUGUUCCUCAUCAGUGUGGUGUACGGAGGUAAACAACCUGAUUGUUGGUCGGCGUUUGUGAUGGUACAUGAAACACUUACAUGUCAUUGUGUCAUGGUCAGUUAUUGUCAUGGUCAGUUAUUGUCAUGGUCAGUAAGGGGUUGAAGACAAUAUGUCCUGUAUGUUUGUAUGGCUUUAAAUGUUCAACUACAUGUAACUUAUGUAAGAGUUUUGUUGUCAUUAUGAUUUGUUCCUGAGAAACCUUGUGUAAUUACAUGUUCACCUUCAGCCA